AUGACUGCUACAGUUCCUAAGGAAGGUGUCGACCUUGAAUCUCAGCCAGGCGACAGGCUGCGAGCCCAAGCCCUCGCCACUACAGCCGCUGAGCUUCCAGAAGGAUAUUACACCUCACCUCGUGUGAUAGCUUCCUUCGCAGCAUUCUCUCUCAAUGUCUGCGCUACCUACUUUGUUCUUCAAGCAUCAGCCUCUGCUCUUCCCAACAUUCUCCAGGACAUUGGCCAGAGCGAUAAUCAAAGUCUCUUCUCGACUCUAUGGACGACUGGUCAAGCUGUCAGCAUCCUGGUGAUGGGUCGUGUUACGGAUAGAUUUGGGCGACGGCCAUUUGUCAUAGCUACUCAUAUCCUUGGCCUUGUUGGUGCUAUCGUUGGAUGCACAGCUAACAAAUUCAAUACCCUCCUGGCUGCCAUGACACUGCUCGGGGUUGCUGCUGGUCCAGCAGGUUCUAGCCCUCUAUUCAUUGGCGAACUGAUGAGUAACAAACACAAGUUCCUUGGUCUCCUCGCUGUAUCUGCCCCCAGCAUUGUCAUGACUGCUGGCCCCUACUUUGGUCAGCGUCUCAGCAUACAAAGCAGUUGGCGUUGGAUCUUUUACAUCUAUAUCAUCAUGAGUGCGGUUGCAACUCUACUUAUCGUUGUUUGGUACCACCCUCCGUCAUUUAGGCAACUUCAUGGAAAAAAGGCUCGCAAGAGGGACGAACUGGCAAAGCUUGACUGGAUAGGUAUCUUCCUUGUCACUGCCGGAGUAUCCCUCUUUCUCCUUGGUGUAUCCUGGGGAGGCAAGCCCAACAAUCCUUGGAAUUCUGGCAAGAUUAUCGGACUCAUGACAUCUGGCCUUGGCUCUCUCGUCGUGUUCGCCUUGUACGAGGUCUUUGGCAAGCCCGUGCAACCUAUGAUCCCGCCUGUCCUUUUCAAGGAUACUCGUGGCUUUGUCUGCAUCCUUCUCAUCAGCUCCAUCAUGGGCGCGAUGAAUCUUUGUCUGACUAUUAUUUACCCUCAGCAAGUCAUCAACAUCUUCGGGUCCAGUUUGAAGAACUGGCAAGAGACUGCAUGGAUGACAGCAACUGCCUCAUUCGGUACAUGGGCUGGAGUUAUAAUUCUGGGCAACGUGUUUCAUCUCAUCAGGCACAUCCGUUGGCAAAUACUCGUCGGGGCUAUGUGGCUCACAGCUUUCCUAGGAGCCAUGUCGUCUGUCAAUCGAGAUAACAAGAACGCAGCCAUCGCUUUGUCGUUCUUUUCCGGCUUUGUCGUCGGCUGGGCUCAGGACAUCACCAUGCUCAUGGUUCAGUUUAUCACGACAGAUGAAGAUUUAGGUGUAGCUUUCUCUGUUGUUGCUGCUUCCCGCCCCUUUUUUGGCUCCAUUUUCACCGCCGUCUUCAUAUCCCUCUAUAGCAACCAGUACCCAAAAGAAAUCGGAAGCCAUCUGACUUCAGCCAUGCGUGGUACGGACAUCCCACAAGCAUCAUUCCCCAGUCUUCUUGAGGCUGCCAAGACGGGACGGAUAGAUGCUGUCAAGGCUCUCCCCGGGAUGACGAACAGCACUACUACGGUGGUCAGCCAAGCUAUGGCAGAUAGCUACACAGCUUCAUACGCUAACGUCUACUACUUUGCCAUGGCGCUGGGAGUUAUUCCAAUUAUCGCCAGCCUCUGCAUGCGGGACUUUGAUCGAUACCUCACCGAUCAUGUUCCUCACCAGCUUUAUGAUAGAAAGAAAGCGGACAAAGAUGUACUUGAGGGAGAUUCCGAUACACCGUCAUCUCCAACCAUACAUUCAACUGUUGAGGUUAAGGAAUAA